UAGUGGGUGUUCAUUGUAUAGCAAUACACCUGAUAUUUCGACCACUAUACAAGCUCGACGCUCUCCUCCCCCCUCUCCAUUUACUAGUGCACAUGCCACAGUAUUCCAUAAGUCUCCUGCCCCUGGGCUCGAACCUAUCAUCUAUCUUAGGGAACUAUCGUACCCAGAUCUUUACGAGAUCCACAGAGGUACCACUCUGGCGCAGUGGGACAACGUUGUAACCAAUCCGGUUGCCAAAGAGGAGACAGAGCAAUUAGAGCAGAAGAGGAGCAGGAAGAGACGCCUUACAGAGGAUAACAUGGCUUACCAAGGUGUUGAUUUGACCUCUGAGGCAGGCCAAGUCUCUACCUCCAUCUCCUGGCAUGACCCUCAUCCAAUAUUUGUUAUCAUCCUUGUCGGACCUGAUGAGAUUCCUUUCGGCAUCCAAAAGGACCUUCUUUGUGCCCAGUGCCCAUACUACCGACAGGAGUUUGCUAAGGAUCCCCAGAUCAACAAAGUCGAACACCUGAUCAAGCUUGCGGACACUGAUGUCAGCACCUUUGGCUGUUUCCAGAAUUUCAUUUACACCGGUAAGGUCUGGGACAAGGAUGGUGGAAAGGAGAUCCCGGACUACACAGUUCUUAUGGGGGUUUGGAAACUGGCGACUCAAUUGCAGAUGGCUCCUUUGAGAGUUGCUGUCCUGAAUGCCAUGGCUGAGCGACGCCGGUUGACCUCGAGUAUUCCUGGUACUCCGCUCCUGAUUCAGGCUUGGAAGGAAACGGAGGAGGGUAGUGGGCUUCGCAAGAUGCUUAUUAGUUGGGCUGCAGAACAUAUGCGUGCCACCCCCGAUAUUCGCAGCGCCUUUGCCAAAUCACUCCCACAAGAGAUCCUCAGCGAGCUCGUUGUUGUAAUGAGUGAUCUCCCAGCCGGGCCAAGCGCAGCCCCUACAUCUCAACCUCUCAAGCAUCAACUCGACGCCGAUCCAGAGCAAGCUCGAAAUCCCAACAAGCGUGUUCGACGGUCCGCAGCCGACCUUGAUAUUGGCUCUGUCGAGAACCCCGAAGUCAAGCCAAGCAUCCGAAAGAUAGGCCAUAAAUCCGAUCCCGCGCGCCGCAACAGCCGUCGGGUCUCCGGGCCCGCCCCCGUCCUGACUCCCGAACAGGAGAUGGAUUUCUGCCGCGGCCUCAUCGAGCGCAUGAUCCGCGGCCCCGGCUUCUGGACGCGUCUCGUCGGCCCAUUCAAGAACCCCGUCGACCCCGUCGCGGACAACAUGCCCAACUACUUCGACGUCGUCAAGCACCCCAUGGAUCUCAACACCAUCAGGACCAAGAUGAGUAACGGCGCCUAUGCGACAGCGAGGGAGUUCGAGGCGGAUGUCCGACUCAUCUUUCAGAAUUGCUACGAGUACUGGACGCAAGAUGAUCCGAUCUGGAAGAUGUGUCAGGAUUUCGAGAAUUACUUUAAUACGCAGUGGGCUGAGAGACAUGAGUACCGGGGCCCUAAGAAUAAAGUCAAGCCUGAGUUCUUGGAGUAGGAAACUCAAGAACGGGGGGGGUGAAAAGUCUCUUGACUUAUUGCUGCUUCUUCAUCCGCUCUUUUUGAGAGCCUUCUUUUACAGUCUGGCAAGCAUUAGCAAUGGCGUUUUGGCGCGUGCUCUUCAUGAACACAUAUUGGGGUUUGCAUCUUUAUAUCUCCUUUUUUUUCCCCUCGCUUUGGGUUUGAGCUCAUGCUGUAUGUAGCUGGGCAUAGGGAGAUGGAUGGGUUUUACGAAGGAGUAUACAUACAUAGGUAAGGUAGGCAUGGGAUGGGAUGGGAUGGGAUGGGAUGGGAUGGUUUGGCUUGGCUUGGCUUGGUCCCUGUACUAUUGCAUAUAUUAAUCCAGUGUAUAACUAUUCUAUUCUAAGGGGUAAGGGGGUAGAUUUUGAGACAGGUU